GCGUCCCAAAAUCUUGUAGCACUUUGGCACGUCCGUGCGAGGGCUACACCGCUUGAUGGAGCAGGAGAUGAGGACCGCCGCCUCCGGCGGCGGCAGCGGCCUCAGGGCGCACAGCUCCGUCUGCUUCUCCGGCGCGCUCAUCGACGGCCCGCGCAUCCAGCAGCUGCUGCUCCACUGCGCCGCCGCGCUCGAGUCCAACGACGUCACGCUGGCGCAGCAGGCCAUGUGGGUCCUCAAUAACAUCGCCUCCUCGCAGGGGGACCCCAACCAGCGCCUCACCUCGUGGCUGCUCCGCGCGCUGGUCGCCCGCGCGUGCCGCCAGUUGUGCGCCCCGGCUGGGACUACCCAAGAGGCGGCCGCCGUCAGGCCGCGGGAGCGGGCGGUGUCGGUGACGGAGCUCGCCGAGUACGUCGACCUCACGCCGUGGCACCGGUUCGGGUUCACUGCCUCCAACAGCGCCAUCCUCCGGGCCGUGGCGGGCAGCGCCGCCGUGCACGUCGUUGACCUCGGCGUCACGCGCUGCAUGCAGUGGCCGACGCUCAUCGACAUGCUGUCGAAGCGGCCCGGGGGCCCGCCGGCGCUCCUGCGCAUCACCGUGCCGUCCGCCCGCCCCACCGUGCCGCCCCUGCUCGGCGUGCCGGACGAGGAGCUCGGUGUCCGGCUGGCCAACUUCGCUAAGUCCAAAGGCGUACGGCUAGAGUUCAACGUCGCCGGCAAGGGCACGGGCACCAGCCCGGCGUCGUCUCCAGAGAAAGCUGCGGCGGCGGCGCCCUGCCAAAACCUGGCGUCCGUGCUCUCCGACCCGCCGUCGCUGGCGCUCCGGGACGGCGAGGCGCUCGUCGUAAACUGCCAGAGCUGGAUCCGCCACGUCGCGCCGGGCUCGAGGGACGCGUUCCUCGACGCCGUCCGCGCGCUGAACCCGUGCCUGGUCACCGUGACCGACGAGGACGCCGACCUGGACUCGCCGAGCCUCGCGUCACGCAUCGAGGGGUGCCUCAACUUCCACUGGAUCCUGUUCGACGCGCUGGACACGUCCGCGCCCAGGGACAGCCCGCGGCGGGCGGAGCACGAGGCGGCCGUGGGCCGGAAGAUCGAGAGCGUCGUGGGCGCCGACGACGCCGGCGGCGGCGCGGAGCGGUCGGAGUCCGGCGCGAGGCUCGCCGAGCGGAUGCGGCGGAACGGGUUCGCCGGCGUGGCGUUCGACGAGGAGACGGCCGGAGAGGUGAGGCGCCUGCUGAGCGAGCACGCGACUGGCUGGGGCGUGAAGCGGGAGGAGGACAUGCUCGUGCUCAACUGGAAGGGGCAUGGCGCCGUGUACACGAGCGCUUGGAUGCCCAACUAAGUUUAGCUAUCUCCAUUAGCGAUCGAAACUGCUGCUAGGAGCCUAGGGUGGCAUGGCAGAUAACACCAUGGCAAAGAAGGUAGGCUAGGUUGCUGAUUAGCUCAAGAAGAAUCAAGCUACACGGAUGUGACAUAGAAAUAGGCAUCUGAAAUUUAGUCAGUUCCGUUCGACCAUGAUCACGGUGAAAGAAUCGUUCAUGACUCAGGAUGAAUGAAGACAACCUGUGUGUUUGAC